AAUCAAUCAAAACAAUAAUUAUAAAUUUAUCUCUCUAUUUAUUUCUCUAUUUAUUUCUAUAUUUAUUUUUAAAUAUCUUUAUUUAUUUUCAUAUAUUUUUUUAAUCAAUAUAAAAAAAGUUUUUUCUUUACAAUUAUUAUUAUAAUUUAUUAAAAAGAAUAUAAUUAAGGAAAAUAACAGAUAAUAUUUUUUAUUUUUUAUUUUUAAUUUUUUUUAACACACUUUUUUUAUUUAAUUUUUUUUUUUUUUUAAUAUUAAAUUUAAUUUUCAAAAUUUUUAAAUUUAUUUGUUUUAUAUUUGUUUUAUUUGUAUGUAUAUAUAUAAAAAAUAAUUAUUUAUAUAUAUAUAAAAAUUAAUAAAAAUGGAUAUAAAAUAUACAAUUAACGCAGAAGAAAUAUUUAAAGCAAGAAAUAGUUCAUUAUAUAAAUAUGGAAAGGAUUUUGCAGAAAUUCAAGAUGUUAUUAAAAAGAUUGGAAGCAAACCAGUAAUUGAUAUGGUAUCUGAUGAACAUAAGGCAUUAACUGACAGAGAUGCUAAGGAAAUUGCAAAACUAGGUUUAAUAUCGGUAGAGUUAAUAAGAGAUGAUCCCAAAAAGUUUUUAGCAUACUUGAAUUCUUUAGUCGUUAUCGAUUUAUCAGUAUUAGCCAAGCUUGUUAUUCAUUAUCAGUUAUUUGGUGGAACAAUUUUAGAGUUAGGUACAGAACAACAUCAUAAAAAGUAUUUCCCCGAUAUCAAACAUAUGAAGAUAGUGGGUGGUUUUGGUAUGACAGAAAUGGGUCAUGGUUCAAAUGUUAGAAAUAUUGAAACUAUUGCUGAAUAUGAUCACCAAAGUAAAGAGUUUGUUAUUAACUCACCAACACCAUCAAGCACUAAAUUUUGGAUUGGUAAUUUAGCAAAAUAUGGUACUCAUUGUGUAUUAUUUUGUAAGUUAAUAUAUAAAGGAGAGGAUAAAGGUGUGCAUGGUAUUGUUACACCAAUAAGAGAUGUUGAUACUAAACAAGUAUUCCCAGGUAUUGAAAUUGGUGAUUGUGGACCAAAGAUUGGAUGGAAUGGUAUUGAUAAUGCUUGGAUUAGAUUUAGGAAUUAUCGUGUCCCAAAAGAAAAUCUUUUAAAUAAAUUUGCAAAUAUCGAUGAUAAAGGCGAGUAUACAUGCAAAUUACCAACACCAGGUAAGUUAUUUCAAAAUACAAUUUCACAAUUAGUUUUUGGAAGAAUGUUAUAUAUUUGUGGACCAGUUAGAGUAUUAAAUAUCAAUUUAAAAACUGUAAUCAAUUAUGCACUUUCUCGUAGACAAUUUGGUGAAAAAGGAAAAAGUGAAGAGUUAAUUAUGAACUAUCCAUCUCAUUACCAAGUUUUACUUCCAAUGUUGGGACACUUGGUUGCUUUUGAAAUAGCAAGAGACUCUGUAAUUGAAAGAUUAUUUGAUAAGAAUGAAGAAAAGUUAGAUGAAACUAAUUCAAUUAUUAGUGGUGUCAAAGCUUUGGUAAAUGAAUAUAACAUGACAUGCACAAAUAAAUUGAGAACUUUUUGUGGUGGUAAUGGUAUAUCAUCGUAUAAUUUAUUUGGUUAUUUUAGGAAUGAAAUGGAUAUUUUCCAAACUGCAGAAGGAGACGGAGCUGUAUUAUAUCAACAAUUAAGUAAAUUUUUAUUAUCAGAGUACAAGAAAUGGUAUAAGAAGGAGGGUGUUACUGGUUAUAUUAUUAAAGAGGUUCAAACAUUUUUAGCAACCAGCAAUCCAAUCUACACACAUUCAAGAUCAAUUCCAUACAUUUUAUCGAAUGAAUUCCAUCACCAUGCUUUCUCUUAUCGUUUUGAAAAAAUGCGUUCAAUAGUCAUUGAAAAACUAAGUCAUUCCAAAUCAAAGAAAAUGACAUUCAUGCAAAGUUGGAAUGAUACUCUUUUGUAUAUUAUAGAAUUAUCCAAAGCCUAUACCCAUCUUUACAUUUUAGAACAGGCUCAUUUAUCCAUUAAAAGAUGCACUGAUCCACCAACAAGACAAUUAUUAAACGAUUUGAUUAAACUCUAUGCUUUAAGUUCAAUCGAAAACGAUUUUGGAUUUUAUAGAAAUUAUAACUGUAUAUCAGCAGGUCAAGCAUUAAAGAUCUCUGAAGCCAUCAAAGAGUUGUGUAUUGCUAUCAAACCAUAUGCUUUGGACAUUAUAAAUACAGAUAACUCAACAUCAUUUGAUAUACCAUUAGCAAAAGAUGGUAAUUAUAUUCAACAUAUGGCAAGUCGUGUUGGUAUACCAUUCAGUAAAUUAUAAUAAAAUAAAAUUUUUUUGAUUAU